AUGGAGACGAUCCUGCUGGUCCUGCUGGUCCUGCUGGCUGCAGCAGUCGUUGACGCCCAGACCAGGUUAGUCGGGCCGUCUCGGUGUUCUGGGAGGGUUGAGGUCUACCAUGAUGAAGUCUGGGGGACGGUGUGUGAUGACAGCUGGGACCUCAGCGACGCCGCGGUUGUCUGCAGGCAGCUGGGAUGCGGCUCCCCAAAGAGUGCCCCCACGGUCGCCUACUUUGGUGAAGGAACCGACCCGAUCUGGCUGGACGACGUGGCCUGUGCAGGAACCGAGAGCAGCUUGGCUGAUUGUCUCCACAGAGGAUUUGGAAGCCAUAACUGUGGACAUGGAGAAGACGCUGGUGUCAUCUGUGAAGGAGAAGCCCAGUUCAGACUGGCGGGUCCAACCCGGUGUUCAGGGAGGGUGGAGGUCUACCAUGGAGACGCCUGGGGGACGGUGUGUGAUGACGGCUGGGACCUGAGCGACGCCGCGGUGGUCUGCAGGCAGCUGGGCUGCGGCGCGGCGCUCGGCGCUCCGACCUCGGCCUACUUUGGCCAGGGAACCGGGGAGAUCUGGCUCAGCAACCUGAGCUGCUCAGGAAGGGAAGUCAGCCUGUCCGGAUGCUCCAACCCGGGGUUCGGCAUUCAGGACUGUGAUCACAGUGAAGACUCUGGCGCCAUCUGUGCUGGAGCCCAGAUCCGGUUGACCGGUCCAACCCGGUGCUCCGGGCGGGUCGAGGUUCUGUUCAACGGCACCUGGGGGACGGUGUGUGAUGACGGCUGGGACCUGAGCGACGCCGCAGUGGUCUGCAGGCAGCUGGGCUGCGGGCCGCCUCAGGCCGCCCUCAGCGCCGCAAGCUUUGGGGAAGGAACCGGCCCGGUCUGGUUAGCUGACAUGAGCUGCUCCGGAACCGAAGCGGACCUGACUGAGUGCGGCCACAGCGGGUUUGGGGUGAACCGCUGCGGACAUGCUGAGGACGCUGCGGUGGUCUGCGGUAAGCCGGUCUCCACCUGGCGGGUCAGUCCCGCUGGGGAAACGGCUGUUUUGGUUCCGGACUCAGGGAAACGUUUCCCAACAGGCGCCCCGGUCAGACUGGCGGGUCCAAGCCGAUGUUCUGGACGGGUGGAGGUCUACCACAGCCAGGCCUGGGGGACGGUGUGUGAUGACAGCUGGGACCUGAGCGACGCCACGGUGGUCUGCAGGGAGCUGGGCUGUGACCGGGCCUAUGAAGCUCCAGGUGGGGCCCAGUACGGACCCGGAGCUGGAAGCAUCAUGCUGGACGACCUGGUCUGCUCCGGUACCGAGAGCAGCCUGACGGACUGCGCGCACAACGGGUUUGGGCUGCAGAACUGCAUCCAUGAGGAGGACGCCGGAGCAAUCUGUGAAGGAAUCGUUAGGAAGGUGGUGAGACUGAAGGUUCUGCAGGAUUCCUCUCUGGACCUGAGCGACCCGGCGGUGCUGGACGGGUUUCUGAACCAGCUGAAGCAGAAGCUGCAGGAUCAGGAGCUGAACGGAAACGUCAGACUGAGCUGGAUGACUUCCGACGGAAAAAUCUUCAAAAAGGACGAAGGACAAAACUGAAGAGCAGAAUAAAGUCUCAGUUCGUUUCCUGGCUGAUUUGGGUUUAUAAUAAUCAUACGCUGCAGCUUAGAGGAGGGAAUUAAACCUGAACUUCACAUGAAAACAGUCAAUUAUUAAAACAUGAAAUGAUCAAAUGUUGAAUGUUUUAAGAGUGAAGCUCUGAAAUGUAAUGAUUAAGAUCCAACUGAAGGCUGUAAACCAAUAAGAGUCUCACACAACAUGGCGCUGUGACGUCGCCCCCCGGUGGCUCUGAGCGGGAACAGCAGGUUUACUUCUUCCUCUCAAUCCUCCUCAUCCUGGUCAAACUGCAACACAAACAUCAAACUGGGAUUUAUAUUACAAUAAAAAGUCAUUAUUUACCAUUCCAGCAAUAUGGAGAACAGGUGAAGAGCAGCUCCAGGAGAAGAUCCGUGUGUUUGGGUUUGAAUAUAUUUAAUAAACUACUGAUGACAUCUUGGUUUCUUUCUCCUGGUUCUGAUCCAUCUGAACACCAAACAGGAUCUUAAUACUCUGAACAUCAUGAAUUCACAACAUAUAACAGACAUUUUAUCACUUCAGUUAUUUCCUGUUACAUGAUGCAGACCUGAGGAAGCUGGUUCAUAAUCAUCAUGAAGGUUAUUAAUGAGAUGUAAACAGUUGCAUGUUUCCAUGGAAACGAGCGGAGCUCUGAUCUUCAUCGCUGCAGUUUGAUGUUUUUCACCUGGAAAAUUGAUUUAUGAUUUUAG